CUAUAAAAGCGCUAUUCAGCAUCCUCUGUCAGCGCAAAGGUCGCUUGACUCUGCAGGCGCACGGAACAAGGAGGCAUGCCAUGGUUGGCUUAUAUGCUUGCAGCGCUGGCGCUGCUAUUCGCUCUGAGCGAUUGCAAUCGGUUGCAGAAACGUCAUCCGAAUCCAUAUGAGGAUUCGAAUGCGGAGAGCGGCAUGAAGAGGUCCAACUAUUGGCGACGCUGUGGUCGCUAUGCAAGCAUGGGGGACGAGAAGGGUAUUCCAGUCGAGUGUCUGGACAAUUUCAGCACAGAUGUGGAUAACAGCAGUAGUGAUGAUAGCCUACCAGCUAAGCGGGGCUUAGAUUCUGGCGGCAUUCUAGAUCACAACAGCGCCAGCAUGUUGAGAGCUCUCUUUGGCUUUCAACAAACCACGCCAGCGCCCACGCCUGUCUAUCCCACAGAUACGGAAGGUGCAGCAGUGUCAUCACACCAACUGCCGCCCAUGUACUAUGAUGAUUUUUAUGAGGAUCUGCUGGCCACCAAACGCAACGAUGUGCACUCCGCCGGUUGUGAUUGCAAAGUUACGAACGAACUGAUUGACUUGGGCUCCCAGCAUGUGCCACGCUAUUUGAUGAAUGCCGUUUGUGAAUCCCGCUCCAAAGGCUCUGGCAGGGAUUACCAGGAUGCCAAGUGCAUGCAUGGCGCCAACUGCAGGCCUCUGGAGUACAAGGUAAAAGUUCUGAUGCGUGGUCCAUCCGUACCCUGGGAAUUUAAAACGGUCACUGUGACCGCAGGCUGUUUCUGUGCCAAAUAAUUAUUAAUUAUACUACACAAAAUACAAUUGAGCGUCAAACAAAA